UAUUAUCGCUAAAACCAAUAAAUAGGAUAACAUCUCAACAAUUUCGCAGUUCGUCUGUGGAUUUCAGUCAGUAAAGAUCGAUGCUCACAUUGAAUUCUUCAAUUAUUACCUUAAGUUAGUGAAUAUUCUUCAAUCUUCAAUUUACGUGGAGUGUGUGAAAUUUAAGUGUUAAAAUGCUUUCGAUCGUGUUAUCAGGAAUAAUAGUCACAAUAGCGAUUUAUCGGUUGUACAAAUACAUGUACGAAAGACCUCCGAAUUUUCCACCAGGCCCCCCAAGAAUCCCGAUAUUGGGAAGUUACUUGUUACUGCUGCUCAUGGACCACAGAGAUCUCUACAAGGCCGCUAUUAGGCUGAGCAAGUGGUACAAUUCGAAAAUCAUAGGGCUUUACAUUGGCGGUGCGCUCUCAGUGAUUUGUCACGAUAGUGAUGGCGUGAAGGAAAUUCUCAAUCGACAAGACUUUGAUGGUCGUGCGGAUAUUUUUCUUGCUCGCAUGAGAGAUCCUCAUCAUAAUUUGAGGGGAAUCUUCUUUACUGAAGGGCCAUAUUGGAAAAACCAACGCCGAUUCACGCUGAGACAUCUUCGAGAUUAUGGAUUUGGCAGACGAUUCACUGAACUGGAAAUUGAAGUUAGGGAUGAAAUUUGUCUGUUUUUGGAUAUUCUACGAAAUGGACCAAAAUACCCUCAUGAGCAUAAAAUGAUGAAAAAUGGAUAUGUUCUUAUACCUGAAAUCUUCUAUGCAUCCUCGGGAAAUGCGUUCUUGAAGAUCAUGUCGGGAGAGAAAUUUACGCGCAGUGAACAAGGGAUUCUUUUUGAGACUGGGCGCGCUGGAUUUCAGUUUCAAGCUGGCGGUGACGAUUAUGGGAAACUGCUGAGCAUUAUUCCUUGGAUAAGAUUCUUUUUCCCAGGAAAGUCAGACUACAUCAAUCUGCGUGACGGAAAUGAUGGAGUGUACAAGUUUAUAAAAUCCAUCAUUGAUAAGCACUUGGAAUCUUUCGACGAGAGUCACGAGAGAAAUUUCAUUGACCUCUAUAUACAACAAAUGAAGGCACAGCAAAAGGAAGGAACGGAAAAUCCAUACUUCAACUAUGAGCAACUCAUUCUCAUUUGUGUGGACUUCUUCUUUCCCGCUCUCACGGGAGUCCCUGUAACCUUAUCACUCUUAUACCAGCGUCUCCUCUUGCAACCCGAAGUACUUAGGAAAAUGCAGAAGGAAAUUGAUGAAGUCGUGGGCCAAGGAAGACUUCCUUCUCUGGACGAUAGGAUUAAUUUGCCCUACGUGGAGUCCACAAUUCGUGAAAUUAUGCGCUUCGAAACGCUUGUGCCCUCGUCAAUUCCUCACAAAGCCUUGUAUGAUACAAAGCUCAUGGGUUACGACAUCCCAAAAGACUCUUUUGUAAUCCCCGGCCUGUUCGCAUUCCACAACGACCCAGAACUCUGGGGAGACCCUCAUGUCUUCCGACCUGAGCGAUUCAUCGGCGACGACGGAAAACUCUGCCUGAAGAAGGAUAAAUCUCUGCCUUUCGGCGCCGGAAAACGACUUUGCGCGGGAGAAACUUUCGCCCGGAACACACUCUUCCUCAUGGUUUCCGCUCUAGCGCAGAACUUCAACAUCAAACAAGCGCCUGGCGAAAAGCUUCCUGACCUCUCAAAGAACUUCACUGGGAUCAUCACGAUGGCACCGAAAUAUUGGCUCAAAUUCGAGCCUAGGUAGUUACAA